AUGUCCGAGUCCGAAUGUGGAGCCAUCUGCGUCCACAAGGAUGUGAUGGACAAGUUCAAUGUGAUUAUGGAAGAGACAAAACUGGACGCCAAUGAACUUAUGGAACAUUUCUUUGGACUGUACAAUUGUUGUGUCAAACUUGUCCAGCCGAACAAAACAGGCCUUCAGAAUUCUGGAGGCAUUCACACUGGCCAGGCUAGUGCUCACAUGAUACAACAGCUGCAGCAGCAACAGCAGCACUCAGCAGAAGUGAAGACUGAGAAUGAUGACUUCAUCCCUGUGGGUAUGACCUACACCAAUGCCAACAACAGCAGCAUGGCCGACAGUAGCAGCAGCAAAAACUCUUCCCUCAGUGAAAGUGAUGAUGUCUCUUGCCUUGGUGUGACCCAGAUAGGAGGAGAUUGCAGCGUGGAAGAUAAA